UUCCCGCUAGCCAGUCUGGCAACGCUGCACUAAAGUCGAGUUGGCAUUUGGAUUUUUGGCUGCGUUUUCCAAAGUUAAUUGUUUAAAAAAACGACGUCUGCUAACGGCAAUCAGCAAACAAGUAAAUGUAUUGUUUAGUCGUCUGUCAGAAUAGAACACAGUGUGUGUGUAAAUAAGCGAACGAAACGAAACUAAGCUAAUUUUUGUCUCUAAAAUGUUGCACAAUAAUGCUCCCUGGCUGCCACCGCAUCAGCAGCCUCCGCAGCAGCAGCAGCAGCAACAUCCUCCUCCCCCGCAACAGCAGCAGCAUCCUUCACAUCUGCCACCCACCCAGCAGCAGCAGCAUCAUCAACAGCAGCCGGUCUAUGCCAGCCAAAUGUUUCAACAACCACAACAACAACAGCAGCCCAAUUAUUGGCCAGAGAAUCCCCAGCAGGAUCCUCAGCAGCAGCACCAGCAGUUGCAGCAGCAAUCCCUGAACUACAACAACUACUAUGCCGGGCAGCAGCAGCAGCCACUGCAACAGGACCUGUCCUAUCCUCUCGAAACCCCUCAGUACAUCAUGGAUCCUGUGGAGAACAAUAACCGGUCCCGGAACGAUGGCUGGGGCGAUUGGGGAGACUGGAACGAUAAUAGCAUCAAUAACAACACCGCUGGGAGCACCACCAGUGAGCCCACGGGCGGGGAUCAGCUACUGGAGGAUGCUUUCAAUGUGCAAUCCUCGCCAGGCAACUGGCAGGUCUUUCCCAGCAGCAGCAACAACAACAAUAACAACAAUGUGGAGCUGCCACCACCCGCUGAACAGCCAAAUAAUAACCUGCACCAGCAGCAACCGACGCAGUUGCUCCACCAGCAACUGCACUCGCCGCCAGAACUGGGCCAGGAACCGGAACUCGAUGCCAUUGUGCCGCCCAUGGCUUUUCAAAACCAGCCAGCAGGCGGAGUGGCGGAACUAGCUCCUCCACCACCCACAUCACUAGCUUCUGUGGGCCUACCGCCGGCUGUGGGAGCUCCACCACCACCACCAGCAGCCACUCCACCAGCUCCGGCUCUUGUAGCGCCACCUGGUGCCCUGCCUCCCAGCCUGACAGCUGCUGGGAAUCCCUUCAAGCGUUCUACGGGGCUCAGCAAACGGGUGAACAUUCUGGCCAGUCCAGCAGGAGCACCACCAGCAGGAGGAGCACCACCAGCAGCAGUAGCACCUCUAGGAGCAGGAGCAGUAGCCACAGUAGCACCUCUAGCAUCAGUAGCUCCACCAGCUGUAUUGCCUCCCGUGGCAGCUCCCUUGGUGGCUUCACCCCAACCGGACAUACUGACUUUCACUAUGCCAGCUCCACUCCCUGCAUCACUCCCGGCUCCAGCUGCCAGCACAUCCUUCUAUGCACCGCCACCGCCCGCAUCCAACGUUGUGGAGCAGCCGGAUAACCAGGAGGUGCUAUCGGCGCCCAACGAUGAGCGUGCCCAGUACCUGCAGACCAGCCACCUGUCCGAGCAACUGGAUCUGGAAGCGGACCAAGACGCCGGCCUGCUGCCGCCGCCAGGACUAUCACGCUUGGUGCUCGGCCAGCCGGAGCUGGAAUCGCAGCAACAGCGCCUGGUAACUGGCGCCACCGAACAGCCCGCCCAGGCCCAGGCGGCCCUACACAUGGAGGAGCGACUGGCCGACGGCGAGGACACCUCGGAGGGGGAACAGAUUCCGGCCAGGCGGGUCGUAACGGGCGUGGAGAUCUCCGCCAUUCCGGUCGUCCUGCCGGUGCGGGAGCAACGCGAAGUGGUGCUGGACGGCGAGAAUCUGGAGGAUCGCGACGAUAUCCUGCCGCCAGUGGCGCAGGCCGAGCUCCCGUCCUCGGCACAUCACAUCCUGCCCUCGGACGAGAUGCCGCCGGUGGAGCACUCGCCGCUGCUGUCCAACUCGGAUGUCCAGAUGCUCAUCCAGCAGAACAAGCAGCUGCCGCUGGAGAAGAAGCGCUCGGUGGCGCGGCGGGGCAACACGUCGCUGGACCUGGAGUCCGAGGACGAGUCGGACGAGUUCCUGCAGAGCGAACGGGAACGGGAUCGUGAGCGAGAACGGGAGCGGGAGCGCGACCGCGAUCGCCGGGAUCUGGGCGAUGCCCGGGAUGACCGACGCGCCGGACGUGGACGCAGCCACGGUCACUACAAUACCUAUGAUGGCGAAACGGAGGACUCGGUCCGGGGCGGCACGUCGCACCACAGCGAUUCGAAGACCCUGCGGGACUCUCAUCCGCGACGCAAUCACGAAUCGACUCGCCAACGGCGCCAGCACCAGGACCCGGAUCAUGACUGGGAACGGGACAGGGAUCGGGAUCGGGAGCGCGAGCGGGACAGGGACGGCGGCCGGGAGCGUGGCGGCGAUCGGGAGAGGGAUCGGGAACGGGAUCGCACCUGGCGACGCCGUUCGCACAAGUACCAUAGUGGUGGCGAGGAUCACGACCGAUCCUACGACCACUCACGACGCUACGAAGGCGAGUCGGAUAAUCUCGACAUCAACCAGAUCGACGGGGAGCUGGAGGGCAGCGGUGGUGCUGGCACCUCCGGCGCCGGUGGCCGGAGCAGCAAAACCGGUCGCCAGGACUACGAUGAGUACGAGAGGGAACGUGAUCGCGAUCGGGACAGGAACUAUGGCAGCCGGCGACCCAACAAGUCAUCCGGCGAGAAAUAUCGCUCCUCCGGCAGCCGUCGCAGCUACGAGAACCAAGGCAGAGCUGGCAAUCGUCAGGAGGAUCAGCGACGUCGUCAUCCGGAUCUGAGGCACUGGGACGGCUACGAGGAGUACCGCCGGAAGAGCUCGCGCAACAGCGAUCUGGACAAGGAGCGCAUCAAUGGCGGCAAUGCCAAUUCCGUUGGUGGUUCGGUCGGUGGCUCUGGUUCCGGGAAACGCAACCGCAACUACGACCAGUAUGCUGCCGGUGGCUAUGAUCCGUAUGCUAUGUACGAACAAAUGUCCCGCAAUCCCCAGGCCUAUGCCGACAUGUACGCCAAGAUCUAUGGCCAAAUGAUCACCUCGAUGUCGGCGGCAGUGAGUGCCCAGGUGGCGUCCAAGGCCGGUGCCGGUGGCGGGAUAGUGCCUGGACUGCCCGGCAUAGUGCCCAGUGCCCCCACAGCCCAGUUGGUGGCGGCCACCAGUGGUGGUAGUGAAGCAGCUCUGCAGAGAGAACGCGAGAGGUAUACACAUGCAUACAUAAAUCAAGCCAAUGAACUCCAUCGACAACAUGGUAGCCGAUACCACCACCUACAGCAACAACAACAACACCAACAACAACAACAACAGCAACUACAACUACACCUACAACAGGAUAUCCUUAACAGCAGUUAUACGGAGGAUAAUGCCAGUUAUUAUGGAUCCAUAGCAUUCCAUCCAAAUCCAUAUGCCAAUCUAUCCCAUGCCGGAUCGCUGAAUAAUUUAAAUGGCGGCGAUGGACGCUGCUCUUCCCGUUAUGCCGGUUCUGAGUGCGGCCUCGAUAUCAGAGCUGCUACGGAAGUGGCACCAUCGACCUAUGGUGGAACCAGUGUCUCCGGGGUGGUCACUACGGCCGUGGCCCGUCCGCCACGUCGACGCACGCCACUGCUCUUCAGCCGGCCCCACUUGGUGGCCUCCUACUCCAUGAGCCUGCUGCUGAAGGUGAAGCCCAAGUUCGCGGGUCGCGGCCGCCUUCGGAACGACGUGGAAGUGGCACCGCCGCGCAUCCGUGACGGCACCAGCAGCCUGCUGCGCAUGUAUCCGGGCCCGUUGCAGGGCCGCAAGCUGCACAAGGACAAGAUCAUCAGCUUCUGCAAGGACCAGAUCCGAUUGGGACCCACUCGCGGCUGCACGGUGCUCUAUGCCACCCAGAAGAAGCCCCAGGGCAGUGUGGACAAGUACCGGGCCUCCCACGCCCUCAUGUGGCACCUGCUGAUCCUGCUGUUGCGCCAAAAUGGGUACAUUGCCGACACGGAUGUGGGGGAUCUGUUGCUGGAGAACCAGCAGGAAUACCCCUACAAUCCCAGCGAGUUCGAAACCGAAGCUGAGCCCGAUGCCGAUGCCGAGGGCGAGGCCGAGACCGGCACUGAUCCGGACGCUGGGCCAGCGGAGAAGCCCGUCUUCUCGGACGCGGAGGAGAGUGUGGAGGCUGGUGUCGGGGAGGAGACCUCGGCGGCCACGGGCGCCAACUCUUCCAGUGCAGCUGGAAGCGGCACCACACCUAGCAGUGCUGGAGCAGCUGGGGCGCCGACACCGCUCUCGGAGCAGGCGGCCACCGACAAGUUCCGCAGCUAUGUCCUGCGCGGCAACGUGGAGGAGGCACUCCAGUGGGCCACCGACAAUGGCCUGUGGACGCACGCCUUCUUCCUGGCCCUGUACGAGGAUCGUUAUGCCCUGACCGACGUGGCCCAGAAGUUCCUCAGUCGCGCCAUCAAGACCAAUGAUCCCCUGCAGACCCUCUACCAGAUGAAGUCCUGCCACACGCCGGCCUGCGUCAGCCAGCUGAGGGACGAGCGCUGGGGCGACUGGCGCUCCCAUCUCUCCAUUCUCGUGACGAACAAGAGCCGGCAGCCGGAAUACGAUCGCAGCUCGGUGGUGGCCCUGGGCGAUACCCUGUUCCAGCGGGGCGACAUCUAUGCGGCGCACUUCUGCUAUCUGGUGGCCCAGGAGGAGUUCGGCCGCUACGACAGCUCCGCCACGGAGCUGACUAGCCUCACGGCCAACGUGCCCCGUCUGAUCCUGUUGGGCGCCUCCCACUACAAGCCCUUCAACGAGUUUGCCAGCAACGAGGCCAUCAUCAUGACCGAGAUCUACGAGUACGCCCGCUCCCUGUCGGAUCCCAAGUUCAGCAUCGCUCCGUUCCAGCACUACAAGUUCCUGCUGGCCACCCGGAUACUGGACUAUGGCCAGCACUUCCGUUGCACCAACUACUUGGAGCAGAUAGCCCGUCACAUCGAACUGAAGCCCGAGGGCUAUGAUCCAGAUUUUAUCCAGAGGGUCUGUGGAUUGGCUGAAAGGUUGCGCUACCAUGAUCCCAUCCUGAUCAAUAGGGUGUCCUUUGCCAGUCCCCCGAAUGCCACUGGCAAGGAUAGCGCGGCGCCGGAGGAGAAGGCCUGGUUGCGUCAGCUGCGGUCACUGGCCGAUGUGCCACAACCGGAGCAUCAGGAUCCUGUCCAGCAACAGCAGCAGCUCCAGCAGAACGACAUCAACCAGCAGUUCGCGGAAGUGAACCAGCAGUUCAAGGAGCUCAACAUGCAGUACGACGGCGCCAACCUGGAGAGCACCCUCCAGACCCAGAAGCCCCAAGAAGUGCCACCGCCGCCGCUGCCGCCACAGCAGAAUGCCUACUACGAUCCGAACGCUGUUCCAAGUCCAUACGAGCCGACGGAGUAUGAGCCGGUUCCGGAUGCUCCUGCUGCUCCGCCAGCGGCAGUUGCUCCGGUGGCCGGGUAUCCUGGCUACAAUUACCUCCCAAACGAUGGCAACGAUAAUGUGGCAACGCCGGCGGCGGCCGAGCUCUACGAUCCGCAACAGCAACUGCAACAUCAUCCUGUCCAGCCGCAGGAGUAUCCAUCGUACGACCAGCCGUCGUCAGAUGCAGCAGCUCCCGGGGGUCCGGGCUAUGGCUACGACUACUGGUCGGGAUCCCAGCAGCCGCCCUACGGCGAUGAGCUCCAGACAUCACGUCCGGCCAUAUCCAUGCCCAAGUCCAAGAGCUACGACGACGAGGACGAUGGCGGUGCUGGCCGUCCUGGUCCGGGUUCGGGUCCGGCAGCGGAGGCGACUCCUUCCCUUGGCAAGCCGGCGGCGGCGGGAAAACCAAAUAGCGCCGAUCCUGGUGGCCCUGGCAACCAGAACUCCGGCUGGUUCGGCGGUCUCUGGAACAAGCUCUCCCUGAAGCCCAAGAACCAAAUGAUUCUCCCAGACGACAAGAAUCCCACCAUUGUCUGGGACAAGGAGCGCAAGUGCUGGACCAAUACCGAGGGCGGUGGCGAAGAGGUGGAGAACUUUAAGCCGCCGCCCAAGAUGAGUGACUUGGGAAUGGGCGGAGGGCCAGGAGGACCCCCGCUAGCAGCACCGCCAGGGCCGCCAGGACCGCAAUCCCUGCCAGCCGUACCCACGUUCAUGGAGCAGGCGCCAUCACAGUCCAUUGACUAUACGGCUGCUCCGGCGCCCGAGUGGCUGCAUCAGCAUCCCGUGGCAGCAGUGGCUCCACUACCAGCCCCAUCACCAGCACCCGGCCUAGCUCCCUCGCCCGGUCUAGCUCCAUCGCCAGCGGCCCCGGCGGCUAAUCCAUCCGCUCCCGGCGGUGCCCAGCCCAAGCUGCAGUCCAACAUGUUCAAGAUGCAACGUAAUCGCACCCUGAAGAACUCGUAUGUGGAUGUUUUCAAUCCAUCGGGUGCACCCAUGUCGGCGGCACCCGAGAACGUGCUGGCUCCCAUAAUGGCACCAGCGGCUGUGCCUCAGGGUGGCUACUUUGUGCCCCAGUAGCAAGGAUAUGGAUAAGGAUGUAGGAUGUAGGAUAAUCAAAGAUGAGAAUGAGGAGGAGGAGGAGGAGGAGAAGGAUUAGAACGAAUUGCCAACGAAAUGUGAGUGGUUUGUGUUUUUGGAGCAUUUUUUUGGAGGAUUGGCCAACUGAUACAAGGAUUUUCCUUCUUUCUCUUUCUUCUCUUCUCUUUCUUUCUCU